AUGUCAUCCGCCCCCACCCGCUCUACGGUGUCGCUCAAGGGCUCUUCCAAGAUCGUUGCUGACUUCUUCGAGUACUCCAUCAACUCGAUCCUCUACCAAAGGGGUAUCUACCCACCAGAGGACUUUAUAACCGUCAAAAAAUACGGAUUGAAUAUGGUCAUCACUCACGACGACGAUAUCAAAAAGUAUAUCCGCAAGAUCUUGUCGCAGCUCCACAAAUGGCUCAUGCGCGGCAAUAUCGACAAGCUAAUUGUGGCGAUUGUCAAUAAGGAUGAUUACGAGGCUGUGGAACGGUGGCAGUUUGACGUCAAGUUGUUCAGCAAUACUGAGCCGCGGGAGGACGCUCCAGAGAAACUGUAUGAAGACGUCCAACGCGAGAUCCAGGCAAUCAUCCGCCAAAUCACCGCGUCUGUGACGUUCCUCCCAAUUUUAUCGGCUGGGAACUACACCUUCAACGUCUUGGUAUACUGUGACCCCAACGCUCAGGUUCCCACCGAGUGGAUUGACUCCCAGCGUGGCGGCAUGGACUUGGAGGGGCGCGUUGAAAACGUCAAAUUCAAGGAGUUUUCGACAAACGAGCAUGAGAUCGGGACGCUUGUGAGUUAUAAGUUGAAUGAAUAG